AUGAGUAUGUUGAUGUCAACAAUUGCUCCAUAUAUUGCUAAAUCAGCUGAAAAUUCAUGUAAUUGUCAAUAUCCAAUUGGUUUGGUUGUAUUUCUCGGAUUCGCUAUAUUAAGUCUACUUUUAUGUAUUUGUAUCUGCUGUUUUGAUAUUACGAAAUGUUCAAUUUUUGCUCGAAAACCUGAACAUAAUCUUCGUAGACUAUCAGUUGAUCCUCGAUAUAUAGAUACCACAAAGUUCAUCGUUGAUCGCAAAGUGAGUUGAUAUAUUUACUCUAACUAGACAAAGUACUUCAAAACGAUAAGAGAUUAAGAGUUUUGUUUUGUUUUUUUUUUUCAUUUUUUUAGCUUUCAUUGGAUCCACGUCUUUUGGAAUACAGUCAACUUUUGAAUUGUAGUGGAGGAAGCAGUACAUCAUCUCGAAGUGUUGAUAAUAAUACAAUUUAUUCAACUGAUACUUCACUUGUUACAACGGUAUAA